UCAUAAAGUAAACAACCCUGUCCCCGUCUCCCGUCAGUACAGUCUCUACGACCAUCACCUUACCUCACCUCACUUCAUCUUACUUCACCUCACCACACCACACAUCACCUCACCUCACCUCACCUUACCUCACCUUACCUCACUUCUUACACAAGUUCUCUUUACAGUGUGUUUCAUCUUCAUUGUAAAAAAAACCCCACUUUUUAUUGGUGAACAUUGCAUAGAACAAGACUGAUGAACAUAACAUACGGUAGAACAAGACUAGUGAACAUGAUAAAACAGUGCUGUUUGUCUACCUUCGGGAGAUACAUGCCCUUGGUCCUGUGGGCGUUCAAAAUAGCGAUUUUUUGGGUGUGUCUGGCCGUCUGUACUCUCCUAGCGUGCCUCACCACCUCCUCUUAUACUGUGGAGGUCACAGGAGCCGCCACCAACCACACGCUGAACCUCUCCUCUAAGAUGGAUGCUCUACUGCCCAUUGUUCACCAUGAUGUCUCCGACCAUAUCUACUUCAACACCUACGAUGGAUCUAAUCUCUACGACAAUAAAGGGUCUAAUCGUGGCACUAUCAAGAGACGUCCAUAUGGCACAGAACUGAAAAUAUUUGACCAGGUAAGAGAUGAGGCCAUACUGUACCUGAAGCAGCGAGGGAACUGUACCUACCACCGCCAUGACUGUAAUGACAUAAGGUAUCGGGUAGUGCCAACAGUGGGUGUGGAGUUGGACGUCAUAUGCACCAACAGCUAUCCCCCGUCAGGAACAGCUGAGAGAGUCACCCUCCUUCAACCUUUCCAGCCCUCCCGAGUCCUCUUUCAUAGUCACAUCGACACCACACAAGUCAUUAACAUCAUAAUGCCAUUAAUGGGACGACCAGAGGCCUUCCAGUUGUUCGUUGAUAACCUCCGUGGUUUGCUGAAGAACGGAGGUGGUGGUCUACAACUUGGCUUAACAGUCUUUUACUACAAUGACAGACAUACACACAGUAUCCGCCAAAUUCUAAGCUCGACGCAAGAUAUUGUUGGUUUACAGACACAGUUUAUUUUACACAAGAAUCAGAAUUUCUCACGGGCAAAGGCGCUGACGGAGGGUGUGAAGAAGAGCCACAUUAAAGCAGAGGUGAUGUUCCUUUGUGACGUAGACGUGUUAUUUACCAAGAGCUUCUUACGCCGCUGUCUGGCUAAUGCUGUGCAGGGCUCCCAGGUGUACUUCCCUACGUACUUCUCCCAGUACAACCCUCAGCUGAUUUAUCCUUUACAAGGCCAAAAAGUUCCGUCACCGCUGGACACCUUGACUGUUCGUGACGAUCAUGGUUACUGGAGAGUCUGGGGACAUGGUAUGGUCUGCAUCUACAAGUCCGACUUCUUCAGGAUCAAUGGGUUUGACGAAAGCAGGACAGGCUGGGGAGGGGAGGACCUUAUUUUCUUGAAGAAGACGGCGAGUAAGAAGUACAAGAUUAUUAGGUCACUGGACUACGGCCUGAUUCACCACUACCAUCCCAAGAACUGUGAAGAUGCUGGUCGUGGUCAGAAGUCUUCUUGUAUGAGGGUAAAGGCGAGGAGUGAAGCCUCCAGUCAGGUGUAUGGUCUCUGGUUCCUGAGGCACAGGUUGAACGUGUCAGUUUACGGAGUGAUGAGUGAUAUCCUCGAGCCUUCAGACAACGUGACACUUCAAGUUGUACUCGUGAUGAUGGUCAUCCUCAACCUGUCGCUGUGUGUCUGUCUCUGGAGGAAAUUGAGUCCUUUUAACGCAGGUGUGUUACCUAACCCGACAUUUAAUUAGACGUAGUGUGUUAUGUUAACAGUUAAUUAGAUGUAGUGUGUUAUGUUAACAGUUAAUUAGACGUAGUGUGUUAUGUAAACAGUUAAUUAGAUGUAGUGUGUUAUGUUAACAGUUAAUUAGACGUAGUGUGUUAUGUUAACAGUUAAUUAGACGUAGUGUGUUAUGUUAACAGUUAAUUAGACGUAGUGUGUUAUGUUAACAGUUAAUUAGACGUAGUGUGUUAUGUAAACAGUUAAUUAGAUGUAGUGUGUUAUGUUAACAGUUAAUUAGACGUUGUGUGUUAUGUUAACAGUUAAUUAGACGUAGUGUGUUAUGUUAACAGUUAAUUAGACGUAGUGUGUUAUGUAAACAGUUAAUUAGAUGUAGUGUGUUAUGUUAACAGUUAAUUAGACAUAGUGUGUAAUGUUAUCAGUUAAUUAGACGAAGUGUGUUAUGUAAACAAUUAAUUAGAUGUAGUGUGUUAUGUUAACAGUUAACUAGAAGUAGUGUGUUAUGUAAACAGUUAAUUAGACGUAGUAUGUGUUAUGUUAACAGUUAACUUAGAAGUAGUGUGUUAUGUAAACAGUUAAUUAGACGUAGUAUGUUAUACAAACAGUUAAUUAGACAUAGUGUGUUAUGUUAACAGUUAACUAGUAGUGUGUUAUGUAAACAGUUAAUUAGACGUAGUAUGUUAUACAAACAGUUAAUUAGACGUAGUGUGUUAUGUAAACAGUUAAUUAGACGUAGUGUGUUAUGUUAACAGUUAAUUAGACAUAGUGUGUUAUGUUAACAGUUAAUUAGACAUAGUGUGUUAUGUUAACAGUUAAUUAGACAUAGUGUGUUAUGUUAACAGUUAAUUAGACGUAGUGUGUUAUGUUAACAGUUAAUUAGACGUAGUGUGUUAUGUUAACAGUUAAUUAGACAUAGUGUGUUAUGUUAACAGUUAAUUAGACAUAGUGUGUUAUGU